AUGGAAGGGCUUAGGCGAGAGAUGGGUCGGCUACAAGCUAGAACAGAUGAUGAAGGAUUGAAGGAGUUUAGUGAAGUGUCAUCUGAGUUGGGUAGAGGUUGGAGGAGGAUUUGUUCCACUGAGGAGCAGAACCAGGACUUGUUAAGACCAAUUACGGAUGAGGAGAUUCGAUUGGCGGUAUUUUUCCAACAUCCGGAUAAAUCUCUAAGGAUAGAUGAUAUGUCUCCGGCCUUUUCUCAAAGAUAUUGGGAAGUUAUAAAAUCUGAUCUGUGUGCUAGUGUUAGGAGUUGUCGUGAAACGGGCGAAUUUCCCCCGCAGAUGCUUGAUACGUUAAUCACACUGGUUUCAAAAAAAGCAAGGCCUAUGAUGAUUUCUGAUUUUCGACCAAUAUCAUUUUCCAAUGUCUUUAACAAAAUUGUUGCAAAGGUGAUAGCUAGUCGUCUGAAGAAGGUACUGCCAAACUUGAUCUCAGAGAACCAGAGCGCUUUUGUAGAAAAUCGUUUAAUCAGGGAUAACAUCAUGAUAUCCUUUGAGAUCAUGCAUUUUCUUAGCAGAAAGAAGCAGGGUAAGGAGGGUCUUGUGGCCUUAAAGCUCAAUAUGAGUAAGGCAUAUGACCGUGUGGAGUGGCUGUUUUUGGAGAAGGUGAUGUUAUCACUAGGUUUCUGUGAGCAAUUUGUUCAAUUGGUUAUGGCUUGUGUUAGGGGAGUGAGAUAUUUUGUGUCUCAGGAAGGUCAGUUGUUAGGACCAAUCAAUCCAUCCAGGGUGCUACGACAAGGAGAUCCACUUUUACCGUAUCUCUUUAUAUCAUGUGCGGACUGGUUGAGUUUUGCCAUUCAGGAGAAGGCAAACAGGGGUGAGAUACAUGGGGUGAAAAUUAGUAGAAGUGCUCCAACUAUAACCCAUUUGCUUUUUGCCGACGAUAGUCUGUUUUUCUUUAAAGCUAAUAUGUUAGAGUUGGGACAUAUUAAAAGCGUUCUUUAG